GCCAUUGACGUCAAAGGGUAAAGAUGGCGACUUACUGAAGAGCGCCAUGCUUUAUUGUUGAUAAAACAGUAUAUUGUUAUUUUACCUUGAAAUCUCACAGCGGAAUUGAAAAAAAAAUGUCGAGGUUAAUAGUCAAGAAUCUCCCAAACGGGAUGAAGGAAGACCGUUUCCGUAAAAUGUUUGCGGAUUUUGGGACGCUUACAGAUUGUACGUUGAAAUUCACCAAAGAUGGUAAAUUUCGCAAAUUUGGAUUCGUAGGCUUCAAGACAGAAGAGGAUGCAGAGAAAGCUCUAAAACAUUUCAACAAGAGCUUUGUGGACACAUCUAGAGUUACUGUGGAAUUCUGCACAGAUUUUGGAGACCCAAACAAAGCCCGACCUUGGAGCAAACACACACGCCCUCCAUCAUCAAACAAAGUUACAGAAGAACAGAAAUCAAGUGAACAAGGAGAAAAAGAUGAAAAGAAGAAGAAGAAGCCUUUGAAUGUUCUUGGAGAUCUUGAAAAAGACCAGAGCUUCCAGGAGUUCCUCGCUGUGCACCAGAAACGCACACAGGUGCCCACUUGGGCCAAUGACUCCAUGGAAGCGACUUCUGUCGGAGUUGAUAAGAAGAAGAAGGAGAAGGAGGAGGAGGAGAAGAAGAAGAAGCAGAAAGCAGCUGUCAGUGAUGAUUACCUAAACUUUGACUCUGACGAAUCAGAUGAAUUAAACGAUGCUGAGGAUGAUGAAGAUGCUGAUGAAGAGGACAAACGAGAUACUGAUAAGAAAGCAUUGAAGAAAGAUCUGUCUGACAUGGAUUAUCUUCGCUCCAAAAUUGUGGAGAAGUCAGACUUGGUGGAUGAGAAAGAGGCUGAUGAGGAUGAGGAUGAAGAAAAAGAAGGUGACAGUGCUAAUGCUGCCGAUAAGAGUGAGGAGGAGGAAGAGGAGGAGGAAGAAGAGGAAGUGUCCCCAGCCCAAAACCCAGACAGCGCUUAUGAGAGUGGUGAUAAGACAAGCAGCCAGAAAAGCACCAAACCAGCAGCUCAGAACACGAUUGAACCAAGCACAGAGUUCACAGUCAAGCUACGAGGUGCUCCAUUCAACGUCACAGAGCAACAAGUGAAAGAAUUUAUGACUCCUUUGAAACCUGUUGCCAUUCGAUUUGGUAAAAACAGUGAUGGGCGCAAAUCAGGUUAUGUGUAUGUGGACGUGCGCUCAGACGCAGAGGUUGAGAGGGCCCUGCGCUUUAACAAAGACUACAUGGGGGGGCGCUAUAUUGAAGUGUUCAGAGUCAACAGCUUUAAAAAUGAGGGAAGGUCUGCAAAGAGAAGCGAGAAGGAAAGAAAUUUUGUGCACGAGCUGAGGGAUGAUGAGGAAGAGGAAGACGUGGCGGAAUCGGGAAGACUUUUUGUCAGGAACCUGCCGUACACGUGCACCGAAGAGGAACUGAAAGAAGUCUUCAUCAAAUAUGGUCCUCUUUCUGAGGUGCUUUUUCCCAUAGACAGUCUGACUAAGAAGCCCAAGGGCUUUGCCUUUGUGACAUACAUGAUUCCAGAGAACGCAGUCUCAGCUUUGGCUCAACUGGAUGGCCAUGUUUUCCAGGGGCGGGUUCUGCACGUCAUGGCUUCAAGGCUGAAGAAGGAAAAGCCAGAUCAAGGGCCCAACGCUCCAGGCAGCUCCUCGUAUAAGAGGCAGAAAGAUGCCAAAGACAAAGCCGCCAGUGGCAGCUCUCAUAACUGGAACGCUCUGUUUUUGGGCACGAGUGCAGUAGCCGAUGCCAUUGCUGAGAAAUACAACACGACCAAGAGCCAAGUGUUAGAUCACGAGUCUGAUGGCAGUCUGGCAGUGAGGAUGGCCCUCGGAGAGACACAGAUUGUACAAGAGACCAGACAGUUUCUCCUGGACAAUGGAGUGUCUCUGGACUCGUUCAGUCAGGCAGCAGGCCAGCGCAGUAACUCUGUGAUCCUGGUGAAGAACAUGCCCUCGGGAGUGCAGGUCGCAGAGCUGGAGGCUCUGUUCUCACCCCAUGGGUCUCUAGGAAGAGUUCUGCUGCCCCCAUCUGGCCUCACUGCUAUAGUGGAGUUCCUGGAGCCCACCGAAGCCAAGCGGGCCUUCAUGAAACUUGCAUACACCAAGUUCCAGCAUGUUCCGUUGUAUCUGGAGUGGGCUCCUGUAGCGGUCUUUACAACUCCCACAGCACCUAAACCAGAGGUAAAAAAAGAAGAUACAUCUGCUGAGAACAAUGACUCGGCCAAAAAAGAAGAGGAGGAGGAAGAGGAGGAGGAAGAGGAAGAGCAAAUAUUGCCCGGAUCAACUCUCUUCAUUAAAAACCUCAACUUCAUCACAUCCGAGGAAGCAUUACGGGAGACGUUUUCUAAAUGCGGUGUGGUGAAAAGCUGCACAAUAUCAAAGAAGAGAGAUAAAGCUGGUAAAAUGUUAUCAAUGGGUUAUGGCUUUGUGCAGUACAAAACUCCAGAGGCAGCACAGAAAGCCAUGAGACAGCUGCAGCACUGUAAAUUAGAUGAACACCAGCUUGAGGUGAAAAUAUCAGAAAGAGAAGUCAAGUCAGGUUUGCCAAAAUCCAAGAGGGGAAAGCAAACUGCCAGGAAGCAGACGACCUCUAAGAUCCUGGUGCGAAACAUCCCCUUCCAGGCCACAGUCAAAGAACUCCGAGAACUCUUCUGCACGUUUGGAGAGCUGAAGACAGUCCGUCUGCCAAAGAAAGGGAUCAGUGGAGCCCACCGUGGUUUUGGCUUCAUUGACUUCCUUACUAAACAAGAUGCCAAGAAAGCGUUCACUGCGCUGUGUCACAGCACCCAUCUUUACGGCAGGAGGCUGGUGUUGGAGUGGGCGGAUGCAGAGGAGACUGUGGACGACCUGAGACGGAAAACCGCACAACAUUUUCAUGAUGCUCCUAAGAAGCGGAGGAAGGCAGAGGUGUUGGAGGGAAUCUUGGAGCAGAUGGAGGUCGGGGAGGAAGACGGGGAGUGAAUAGCAGCCGUCAGUCACCUCCAGCAUCUAUGAGAGAGUAAAUCAUCCAGUGGAACUCCAUUUAUCUCUAUCAUGACUGCUUCACCGUCUCUUCAGGAAUUCUUCCUUUUGGCCCCAGAUGCUCCCAAUUAGCUUUUUAUUAUAUGCUCAUACAUCAUCUCUGUUAUUGCUGUCAGUGUAUUAAACACAGCGUCUCCCCGCAGACCAACUCUGGCUGAAGGUGAACUCGAUGAAAAAGAUGCCCAAAGGCCACGUUUGCUUUAGCUGUUUUAAUCGUCACCAAGGGCCGAGACGUUUCAUACUCUGCUGUGACACGGCUGAUAAUAAAUAGUAACUGACCAAAAUAUCAGUAGCGGAAAAUUCCUUCAACAUCAUUUUGUGACAGAAAAUGUGUCUAUUGUAGUCUGUUCCUGACUAAGAAUAAAUAAUGUAAAAUCUUUUUUUUGCAUGUAUAACAGUCUUUUCCAGUGUGGGUCUCCUCAAUCUGAACACCAGUCAGCGUUGCAUUCAAGACUUUACAAAUGCUUUCAUAUUUUUGGGGUCAUACUGUAUUUAUUGAUGUGACAAUAAAUAAUUUUGUCUG